UCUUGACGCCCGGCUGUCUUCGUCUUUGCUUCAACAGGUCAACCAUUUGUUCCCGUGUUCCUCACUGACCAAGGAAGUUAAACAUUGAAUAGAACUGGAGCUUUAAAAGAAAAUCAAACCAGGGUUUCACGCACCGCAGUGGGAAGAUGGUGGAAUUCGGAGAGGUUCUGAAAGUCAUCGGAGACUUCGGAUUCUUCCAGAAGCUCGUCAUUCUUGCGUUAGCCUGCCAGAAUGUCCUACUGCCCAUCUUCUUUUGCAGUUUCCUUUUCAUCCAGUCCGAUCCAGAGCGACACUGUGACACGGACUGGAUCCUUCGGGCGGACUCCAACCUGACCUCAGGUGAGCAGCUGAACCUGACUCUGCCCCGCGAGGAGGACGGGGCCUUCAGCCGGUGUCGGAUGUUCGUCCCGGUGGAUUGGGACAUCGGCGCCAUCAGGGAGUACGGACUCAACGAGACCACAGGGUGCCGGGACGGAUGGGUGUACUACGACACGCUGUACGACGCCACCAUAGUCACUGACUUCGACCUCGUCUGUGACCGCUCUAACUUGGCUCAAGUUGCGCAGACCGUCUUCAUGGCUGGUCUCCUUGCUGGUUCAUUCAUCUUUGGCCCUACGGCUGAAGCGUACGGCCGCAAGAGAUCCACCCAGGUACCGGUGGUUCUCCUGCUCGUAUUCGUCAUAGUCGUCGGCGUGUCUCCAAACGUCUACGUCUACAUGGCGUCACAGUUCAUCGUCGGAGCCGCACUCGGAGGCUAUAGAAUUAACUCCACCAUACUAGCUACAGAGUGGAUUGGGGUCACCAAAAGGUCCUUGGCCUCCUGUAUGAGCCAGAUGUUUUCGUCUGUCGGACAGUGUGCCAUGGCUGGUCUGGUCUACGCGAUCCGUGACUGGAGAACAGUGCAGUAUGUCAUAGCGGGAGGGCAGGCCUUCAUAUUGUUGUACACAUGGUGGACUCCGGAAUCGGCGAGAUGGCUACUUGAACAGGGACGAACCGAAGAAGCAAAUGAAUUGAUCCGCAGAGUCGCAGCGAUCAAUAAAAAGAAAAUCCCAGAAUAUCUGCUGGACGAGGUAACUGGGGAACGAGAAGUCCAGAGUGGAAGUAUCAAAGCCCUGUUUACCUCAACGGUCCUGAUGAAAUAUUUAUUUAUCAUAUCCUUCGCUUGGUUUUCAUUGAACCUGGGCUACUUCUGCCUCGUUCUGAAUGUGGGUAAGCUCGGCCUGAACAUCUUCCUGGUUCAGUUCCUGUUUGGCAUCACUGAGGCACCGGCUCACUUCCUGUGUGUCUGGGUUCUGGAGUUAAUAGGGAGAAAGAAAUCCCUCAUUUCGAGCCUCCUGUUGGGCAGUUUCUUUUGCCUCCUCACCCUGGCUUUCCCUCGAGACAGCGCUGUGGUCAUCACAGCCCUUGUAACCACCGGGAAGUUGUUUUUGAACUGGGGCGGAUCCGUAUGCAUGGUCUACAUCCAGGAGUUGUUUCCCACCUCGGUCAGGUAUAAAAGUAUACACAAUAUGCGAUUCAAGAUAUUCUCCAUCCAGUGCGCGUUUGGUUUUGGGAGUGAACUCCGCUCUUUCAGGCAAACGGCUGUUGGCUUUGGCUCCAUCGCCUACAGAGGAGCUGGCUUGCUGUCCCCGUUGCUCAACAUCUUGGCCGUGUACCACUGGUCCAUCCCCACCAUCGUCUUCAGCAGCCUCACGCUGACCAGCGGAGCUCUCGGCUUCCUGCUCCCCGAGACCAGGAGGAAGGAGCUCCCUGAUUCAACCCGUGAGGCCGAGGGCAACAGGAAAGUGACCAACCAGAAAGCAGGAAGUGGCUUCAACGCGGUCGAACACACCAGCACAAAAUCGACCAAACUCUAGUUGGAAUAGUGUAUUUUUACAGAUGUUUUUGUUGUGUGUAGAGCACGAGCUUUAUGUGGCCGUCCAUGUCGCCGAGUUUGCUCCCAGUCGGACUCGAUCGCGUGUUUUUUUUAUUGCCGUCAUUUGUGUCUGUUACUGUUUCACCGCUCUCGCGGCAGCAGGAAGAAGGGAGGAACCUGCAUCAUGCGCAGCAGCAGAAGGAAAAGUUCGGGGUCAUGAGCUGACCCGGAAAUGUAAACGCAACAGGAGCGAGAGUCCACGAGAGGAUGUUGCACGACACGGCUCAACCACAGGUGCAAUGGCAUCUAAUCUUUAGAUAAUUAUUUCAAUGCGUGACCCCUGAAUACGAAGGCGGAUCGACUUCUGACACUUUGACACCAGGAGAGAUGUUUUGAGCGGUAUUGAAGUUCAGGUGACUGUAUUGUAUUUAACAUGGAGACCACAAAGUCCAAAUAAAAAAAUUUGAAAACUGAA